CAUACGCUCUAAUCUCUUGUAAUAUUUUAUAUUAUUUUAUUAUGCUGCAUCGGUUGAAUAAUUAACGAGUACACUAUCAGUUAUUACGCGGAAAAUCAAUCAAGCGUAUGUAGUACAUAGAAAUGAAUAAACUGUCUAAUUUGCCAACAUUUCUCCUAAUCGAAGAACAUUUAAAUCUAUCAGUGAUAGUGGAAGUGCGGAAGUGGAAUAAUUGAAAUUUAUUGAAUAUUUGGAAUAGUUGGAGUAAAAUGAGAAUUACUAAAAAUUCUUAUUGAUGAUUAAAUAAACAUUGUGAUAAGUGAGUGUUCGGAUGAUUGGACUGAAAGUACUAACGGAAAUCACGGCGUGAGAAAAUCGUACUGACGGCGCUAACUGAUGCACAACGCCGACUGGCACGGAUACGGACAUUAAAGUCAUCAGACUCAUAGAGGUCCAGCUACUGAUAGAUUCUUUGGGGGUCGUUGGUACGGGAGUGUGUGUAAGCACAGAAUUGAAAUUAAAUUGCCACCAUUUUUUAAUUCGGUAUUUGAUGACGGUGGAAUUGUCCUAUGCUGAUAAAUCAGUGAAAUCGGUGGAGUGCGAGUGAAAUUUGUAAAUUCACUUGGGGCUUUUAAUCGGUGCGAAAAAUUAGCGGAAGUCGUACUUAAUGUGAUUGCAAGGUAACGAUGUAUGAGGACGACUGAUCGGGUGAAUCGGGUAAAUUGGAUUCAAUAAUUAGGGAUUCUCGGUUGCGAUAUGGAGUGGAUCGCGGUGUGUCGGCGUAAAUUGACGAUUUAUUACGUGGGUCUUGAGAGUGAAAUCGGUUAAAAGCUGCGCGGACUAAUUUUUCAUGUGUUGGGAUACGUUUUGGUUAUUUGUUUUAAACGUACGAAUGAUCGUCAUCGUUGGGCACAAGAUGAUGCAACGUGAGUCAAGGCAGUCAUCAAUCGCGGUAUCAACUUUGUGCCGACAGUCAUUAAACGAUGGAACAACGAGUUUAAGAUCACGAGGAAGUGGAGCAAGUGGACCGGUAGUGCCAUCAGCAACACCAAAAUGGUUAAAUCAUUCAUCAAGCUCAUCAAGUUCAACCUGUCCGCCUGUACUUUUGUCGGUACUUGCUUGGUCAGUAACGCUACUUCUGAUCUCAUCCUGUCUCGGUAUUGCUGAUGCUGGUGUACUAAUGGGGCAUCCACUUGGCAAACGCUCCUUCAUGGAAUUGCAGUGCAAAGGGAUUUAUGAUAAGAGUAUCUUUGCGAGAUUGGAUCGUAUCUGCGAGGACUGUUAUAAUCUAUUUCGGGAGCCACAGCUUCAUACCUUGUGCAGGCAAGAUUGCUUUCAAACUAAAUACUUCACGAGUUGCAUCCAAGCCCUGCUGCUGGAGGAUGAGAAGGAAAAGUUUCUGGAGAUGGUGGAAUACCUCGGCCGCAAAAAGUAAAACGCAGGAUACUUAUGAAGAAAAAAAAAAAAAGAUAUUUAACAAAAGGCCGGUGUGGCGGUGGGCCGGAGAUAUGUCGUGGAUAUCCAGGAUGCAUCUUUGGCUGAGCUGCUAACCGGCGAACUUAAGCGAUAUACGGUACCGAGGGGCCAUACAUCCCAUUACGAAUUCUAGUCGAUAAAAUAUAUCUACGCGAUGUUACCGCGUGCAAAGUUUAUAAGUUGAACGAAACAACAUGGUAACACAAAGACAUACUACUGCAUCCAAUAUUGGGGACAGGAGAAAUCAUUGAAUAGAAGCAUUACGAACAGGCAUGAUUGGUUUAAGACGUCAUUUCAGUUGUUGAGCCGUAAAACCAAGGAAGGGUGAAGUCAAGUCAGAUGUUAUAGCUCUUGCUGGAAAAUACAUUUGAGUAAUUUUUACUAAAUGUUUCACAGUCCAGUGACUUGUUUUUAUUUGUUUGACUAUUUUUUCCUACUGACGUGACGAAAACCCAAUAAUAUUCAUUGUCGAGCGUGCGUAUGUCCAUAGCCCAUGAUAAUGAUUAUCAUUAUAAUUUCAUCCAUUAUUAAGUUAAUCGUAAUUAUCCACGCGGUAUGAAUUUCUCAUCUAACUGAACGGCCGAUCAAGUCCCAUCCGCAUGAUGAUGGAAUGAAAAAUGAUAAAAGUCGACUGAUUUACAAUGUAAAUUUGCCGAUAGCACGGGUUGUUGCGAAUAUAUAGAGAAUAUUUUUUAAAAUAUUUCGGAGUAUUACGAUUUUUCUUUCAUUAAAUGUAUUAUUAAAAUUAUGCUUAAUUUUAUCAUAGCUAGCCUCUAAUAUCAUUAUAUUAUUGUUGUUAUUAUUAUUGGAAUUAUUAGAGCAGAAGAUGAAAACAAAAUGUGAAAGCAAAAAAUGGAAAAAACAAUCUCAUGACGAGCUCAUUUACGUUUUAGUAUUUAUUUAUUAUUAUUCUACACGUUUAACGCUGAGCGGAUUAUUAAAAAUUUCAUCAACUCGUAGGAUUUUUAUUUGAAUAGAGAUGAAGAGAGAGGACAAGUUGAUGAGCAUUAGAAACGGUCGCGGGUGAUCGAAUAACAUUCCCAAAAUCAGUAUUUAUACCUGUUCUAUUUAUCUUAUUAUUUUUUUUUUCUUUUCUCUUUUUGUACGAAUCUUUAUCCCUUGAAUUCAUUUCACCUUCGUCGCCUAAUCUCGCUAUCAUCAUUCCGCAGUUUCGAUUUUCUCAUUCCCACCUUUUUUUUUUUUAAUAACAAGAGAACUCAAUAAUUCUCAUCUCUAAUCAUUUUUUUUGUCAUCUUCGAGAUGUGUAACCUCAUAGAAUUAAUUCAUCAUUUAUCAUUCCGAUUGUGAUCACUGCAUUUUGAUCGCGAUGAGACUCAGUCAUUUUUAAUGAAAAACUUGUAUGAUUAAUGACGUGGCAUUUAUGUUUUUUUUUGUUUUGCAUAAUGACAAUAUUAAUUAAGAUUGUAAAAUCACAAUGAAUGGAGAUAGGUGAAAAAAAAUGUCGAUGCUCGCGGACCAAGAGAUUAUGUGCUGAUGUUGCGCUUAUUUCGUUUAGUGAAAUGUAAAUUGAGAAACGAAGAAAAAAUGAAAAAUGUAUUAUUUUUAAUUUAUGAAACUUUUAUUAUGUAAGAGACUCACGACGAUUAUAUACGCACGUACGAGUGGAUGCGAAUAACGAGAUUUUACAGAUGACGAAAGAAAGCUCAUUCGAAUGAAGUGGCAGAAAAUUAUUUACUUAUUUUUACAUAGACGCGAUAUCGUCAAUUUAUGCCGAAUAUUCCAAUUCCAUUUAUUUGUACAAGAGCAAAAAAAAAUAAAUUCUCAAUUGCUUUCGUAAUAUCCUUUCAUCAAAACUUGUCAUGAAAAAAAAAAUGGUAAUUAUAACCCAAAAUUAGCUAAUCGGCAAGUUCUCAAUGGAGAAUCUAAAAUAAAAAAAAAAUAAUCAUAAUAAAAAAGGUCUGCGUAGAUGGAAAAACGUAUCCUACUCGAUAAUGUAAAAU